AUGCUCUACCUAAUCGGCCUCGGUCUCUCCGACGAGACAGACAUCACAGUGAAAGGCCUCGAGACCGUCAAGAAAUGCAGCCGCGUCUACCUCGAAGCUUACACUAGCAUCCUCCUCGUCGACAAAACAAUACUCGAGAAAUACUAUGGACGGGACGUCAUCAUCGCAGACCGUGAGAUGGUGGAGAGCGCCAGCGACGAGAUACUGAACGAUGCGCAGAAUGUAGAUGUUGCGUUCUUGGUGGUGGGAGAUCCUUUCGGAGCAACAACGCACACCGACCUCGUUCUCCGCGCCCGCGACCUCGAGAUCCCCAUCUCCACCAUCCCCAAUGCUUCGAUCAUGUCCGCUAUUGGCGCAACCGGGCUGCAACUCUAUAAUUUCGGACAGACGAUCUCUAUGGUCUUUUUUACCGACUCUUGGAAGCCUGCGUCGUUCUAUGACCGCGUCCGUGAGAAUCGUAAUAUCGGAUUGCAUACUCUGGUACUGCUGGAUAUUAAAGUCAAGGAGCAAAGUCUGGAGAAUAUGGCGAGGGGGAGGAAAGUCUAUGAGCCGCCGAGAUACAUGACUGUCGCGCAGUGUGCACAGCAAAUGCUGGAGAUUGAGGAGCUGAAGAAGGAGGCGGGGGAGGGAGGGGUCUACGACGAAGAGAGCUUGGCUGUUGGAGCAGCAAGAGUCGGCGGCAAGACGGAAAAGUUCGUCAGUGGGACUUUGAAGCAGCUAUGCGAUUCUGAUGAGAUUCUGGGCGGGCCGUUGCACAGUAUGGUCCUGCUGGGCCGGAGGACGCAUGAGUUGGAGAGCGACUAUGUCAGAGAGUUCGCGGUGGACAAGGAGUGCUGGGAUAGGAUUUGGAAGAGGGACUACGAGGGCAAACAGUGA